AUGAGUGUUAAUCUCUCGGAACCUCCGGUCACUCACGGCCCCGGAGAUCAAAUACAGCAGACUACACCUUCAAAAAUGCCUGCUCUAGACGCCUUCAGGAAUAAACUCCCGAGUAGAGUUGUUCUCUCCUAUGCCUUUGACUAUUUCAUCAUCAUAUUCUUCAUCAUCGCAUUUUCAGCACUCGACUCAGCGGAGCCUCAUCACCAGCGUUUUUCGCUAAACAACGAGUCGUUGCAAUACCCAUAUGCGGACCCUGAGCGAAUCUCAGCUGCCGAGGCAGGUGUGAUUGCUUGCUUGUUCCCUUUGAUAUGUGUAAUCUUCUGGACCAUGAUCAUAGAUGGUUUGUAUUCGCACCACAAACCAGCACAAACCAGGAGACGUCUUUUGGGCGGGGGUGGUAAAUGGACGAUGGCGGAUAGAUUAUGGGAGAUGAACUGUGCAAUUUUAGGGUUGGGGUUAAGCGCCGCGGGAUCAAUCGUAAUUACCGGCGCACUCAAGAAUACGACAGGCAAACCAAGACCUGAUCUCAUCGCGAGGUGUAUGCCGAAGCCUGGAAGUCAGAACCAGAAGCCAUGGGGUCUUGUAACAAGUGACAUUUGUACACAACCAGAUAACCACAUCCUCAAGGAUGGGUUCAAAAGCUGGCCAUCCGGCCAUGCCAGCAUUUCAUUCGCUGGCCUUGGGUUUCUAUCAUUUUUUCUAGCUGGUAAACUACACGUCCUGGACACCCGUGGGGAAGCCUGGAAAACUAUUCUGGUGGUCAUUCCUCUUCUUGCCGCUAGUCUUGUUGCCGUCUCUCGAAUUAUGGACGCCCGGCACCACCCUUUUGACGUUAUAACUGGAGGUCUGAUGGGAUUUUUGGUCGCCUGGGCAUCGUAUCGCCAAUACUACCCUGCUCUCACUGAUACUCGAAAAAAGGGCCGUGCCUACCCAAUGCGAUCUUGGGGGACUGAUGAGGCAGACCGAAAGCUUGGCUAUGAUGCUGCAGGACAGUUCAACAGUGGGCUCGUAGCGGACGAAGAGGAAGGUCAAAAACUCGGCGUUUUCAAUCCACAGCCAUCCCCAAUGCCAUUGUCAGGAGCUGGUCUUUCGGGUGCUGGCGGAACAGCCCGAAAACGCGAAGCCCAGAGGUCUGCCGGACGAAAGAACGGAUUUUACGAUCGCGAUGAUGAAUUCGUGCACAGUUCAGAGGAAGGCAUCGAGCUCCGUAACGCCCCUCAGCCCCUCCGAACAUCGUCAUAUCCGCCACCGACAGGGAUAAGUGAUGAAAGCGGAGACACUAGGUGGGGGAUUUCACAGGCAACGGCGGCCAUAACGGGAGCAGGAGCUGGUCAGACUACACCUAUGGGCACCCGGGAAUUGAACAGGGGGGGAUCUGGAGGUUCGACAAGCCCAUUAAAGGAAUAA